GUUCGAGCGCAUGUGGUUCACAUCCCCACGGCAACUCCCUUCAUCAAUCUUAGACUUGAAUUUCAUCCACAUCCCUGCGGCGAUUCCGUAUCUCAUCACAUUACGGACCAGUCUUCAGAGCGGCCCAUAGCUCGGACACCUGGGCGCCGUGUUUGAAAAGGAAAUGAGUCUCCAAAAGGACAAGGACAUCGAAGACGACGACUAUGACGACAUUCCCCUACAGCACAAGCGGCCAUUUGGGGCUGGACUGCACAGGAAACCAAUAGCCUUUGUGUCUGCAUCAGAUGGCGAUGGCCAUCUCAAGUCAGUCGACGAUGCGGCCGUGGACAAAGGCAAGACGGAUGUUGCAGAUCUGUAUCUCAGCAUGGUCCUGCCGGACGAUGCCACGAGGUCCAAAUCGGCACCGCCCUCUUCAGGCAGCGCCAGGGACAACGAACGUCCGGAAAGCGAACUGUGCGCAGUCUGCAGGCUUCCUCUUGGGACAGACAAGGAGACGCACGAGCAAUCGUUCGCCCACCAGGUCUGCCUGCCAUAUUCACAGCCACCUUCCGCUUUGGACCGCUCGCGCAAGGGCCUCGCCUACCUCUCGGCUUACGGCUGGGAUCCUGACGCGAGAAGGGGGCUCGGCGCGGAACAGCAGGGCAUCCAGUAUCCCAUCAAACCCAAAGUGAAGGAUGACAACCUCGGCAUCGGCAUGGAAGUACCGAAAGGCCUGCCGCCACCCAAGAAGAAGGAGCAGCUGCUGGAUGCCAAGAAGGUCAGGAAGAUGGCUCUCGACGAGAAGAAGAAGGCGGCAAGGAUCCACCAAGAGCUGUUUGGCGAUAGCAAGCUGGAGAAGUAUCUCGGCAAGCGUGGCACUAGGUGAUGUCUACAACUCCGUAUCACCGAGCCGCAGCGUAUUGGUUUCCCAGCUAGGAGCGGUGUGCAACUGUUGGUCGGUCACCGCAGGAAUGGCUCCUGCAUUGGUCCGUUUCUCUUCACUG